AUGAAACUCAGAAUACUUAAUAGUAUUGUUGACUUUUUAGAUUCCAAAGGAAAAGAAAUAUACGAUUCUACAGAGAAAAUCCAAAAACUUCAAACAGAGCUAAACGAAAUUCCAAAACAAAAAAGUGACAACGAAAUACAAUCACUUCAAUCUCAACUCAAUCAAAUCAAUGAAGAAAGCAACAAAUUAAAAGAAAAACUCAAUGAAAUGGAAAGUAACACCAAUCAAGCCGAUGAAACAAUUUUAUCAAAAAUUAAAGAGCUAAAGGAAUCAGAUGAUUUCGAAAGUAUCUACAAUUUCCUUGAUGAGCUUUCAUCUCAAGGAAAUCGAAAAAUGAUUUCAAAAGCAUGUGAAGAAGGACUUUGGAAGAAGACAACUACUGUACAUUUUCGAGAUGAUGGUGAUGAGUUUGAUGAAAGGAAUGUACUUCAUGUAGCAAGUAAUAAAGGAAAUCUCAAACUUGUCAAAUCUCUCAUUGAAUGCGGCUGUGAUAAAGGUACAAAGAGUUCACGUGGCUUGACUCCACUCAAUUAUGCAUCGUUUAUUGGCCAUAUUGAAAUUGUUAAAUAUCUUAUCUCUGUUGGAGCUGAUAUAGAAGCAAAGGAUAUUGAAGGAGAUACUUCACUCAUUUAUGCAUCAAGAAAUGGUCAUCUUGAAGUUGUUCAAUAUUUAAUCGCUAUUGGUGCUAAUAAAGAAGCAAAGGAUAAUGAUGGAUGUACUCCACUCGAUUAUGCAUCAAGUAAUGGUCGUCUUGAAGUUGUUAAAUAUCUUAUCUCUGUUGGAGCUAACAAAGAAGCAAAGGAUAAAUAUGAAUAUACUCCACUCAUUUCUGCAUCAGAUAAUGGUCAUCUUGAAGUUGUUCAAUAUCUUAUCUCUAAUGGAGCUGAUAAAGAAGCAAAGAAUAAUAAUGGAUGGACUCCACUCAUUUGGGCAUCAAGAUAUGGUCAUCUUGAAGUUGUUCAAUAUUUAAUCUCUAAUGGAGCUGAUAAAGAAGCAAAGAAUAAUGAUGGAAAAACGGCAUUAGAUCUUGCAACAGACAAUGUAAAAAAUUAUCUAAAAUCUUUAUGA